AUGAUUUAUCUGCGCUCAAGUCUUGGUGGUUGGGCCCAGAAAAUAGUUAUGGAGUGUGUAUUGGUCAAGCCGAUUUCGAGAACCUCUGUAACCUCGUGGGCACCCAGUGAGCUCGCACUGGGCAGCAGUCCUAGCCAGGCUGCUGGGACAAUGGAUUCAUACCUUCUCGUGGUGUCCGGUGUUAAUUCUCGUGGAGGAGACCAAAUUGAAUCCGCCGUGGUUGUGCGGUUCGGCCCGGUGCGGGAAGCGGCCGCACAAUCACACCAAAAUCAGGGGACAACGGGAUACGAAAACCAUCCGACUUCUUUUUACCCGACUCGCACUCGGGCCCCGAAGCUGGUCUUGCAUUACCAGUGGAAGUGGUGGCGCCCUAGAAAGAAGACAGGACACCCCUGA